UCCUUCACAGCUUCACACAUUCUCUUAUCAGCUCCUCUAGUGGUAAACACCAAAUCAAGGAGAGAAUCAAUGGCUGCUGAAAAUGGUGUUGCUUCUUCUGAUCAUGAAUCUCAUACAACGCAGGUGCAAAAGAUUGAUCAGAUCGCUACCCGUCUCUUGUCUUCACCACCUAUUCUUGAAAUGGAGAACCUGCAUAAAGCCAGUAGUAAUGGUGUUUCUUUUAACAUUCCAGGAUGGUAUGCCGAUGUUGCCCUCUCAUGGCCAGGAGAGGCACACUUGUACGAGAUGGAAAAGGUCCUCUUUCAUGGCAAGUCAGAAUACCAUGAUCUUUUUGUUUUUCAGUCGUCAAGUCAUGGUAAGAUUGUGAUCUUGAACGGCGAUAUGCAACUAACAGAGAAGGACGAGUUUGUUUACCAAGAAAUGCUCACCCACCUUCCUCUUUGCUCCAUUCCAAACCCCAAGAAGGUAUUGCUAAUUGGAGGGGGAGAUGGUGGAAUUCUGAGAGAAAUAUCUCGCCAUUAUUCUGUUGACAGGAUUGACAUAUGUGAGCUUGACAAAAUGGUGAUUGACGCAUAUAAACGGUUUUUCCCUGACAUAGCAAUCGGAUACAAUGAUCCCCGAGUGAAUGUGUAUAUAGGCAACGGAGUUGAAUUCCUGAAAAAUGUUCCUCAGGCUACUUACGAUGUAAUCAUACUGGACGCAUUCCACUGCAUAGGGCCUGUAGAAGAAGAAGUAGGCGAGAAGAGCUUCCUAGAAUCAGUCGCUGGGGCUCUUCGUCCAGGAGGGGUCCUUGGUUGCCCAGCGGAAAGCUUGUGGAACGCAGAAUUUUCACUGUCAAAUUCCAUAGCAAAAUGUCGCGAGGCAUUCAAAGGCUCUGUUAACUACGCCUGGUGCACAACUCCUGCAUAUGCCAGUGGCAUGAUCGGAUUCAUGCUUUGCUCCACCGAGGGGCCACCCGUCGACUUCAAACACCCUGUGAAUCCAUUGAAUCCUGAGAAUUAUGGUGUAGCCAAAGGACCUCCUCGGUUUUACAACUCUGAGGUCCAUACUGCUGCCUUCUCUCUGCCAUCUUUUGCAAAGAAGAUGUUCGGCUCCAAAAUCUUAUCAACGUAUGAAUGAGAUUCAGCCACAGCUAGUUUCAUUACUUUCAUUACACUAAGAAAUAAUUCCAACUCCGAUUAGCGCAAGGAAUUCGAUCAACCAUAAUAAAGUUUAUUUCCUGUUAUCUUUUUCUUCAUAGUCUUGCUUGUAACAAGCUAUCAAAGAAUACCAAUAAAGUUAUUACGAUUUUAUUCAA